AUGGACGCUGUUCUCAACGACGACCACCCACUUGCCCUAGAGCUUGCCAGCUUGCGCAACGCAAUCGCACGCUACCAGCACGAAGCUCAUGCGACCUCCGUCAAGCUGCAGCGGCACUCGCUGGACACCUCAUAUGCUCUUGAACGUACCCAUGCGCUCGAAAGCGAGAAUUCGCUGCUGAAGGCGGAACUGGCUGUGCUGCGGGCGCAUCCCGAGAUUCCGCCGCACCCGGCCGCUCUCCAAGUUCAGGAGCUUACCAUUGCCCACCGCCGGCUCUCUGACAAGCUCACGCUGACCGAAGGCGCCCUUCUCGAAUACACUGCCGAGCUUGCGCACGCUCGGAGCGACGUGACCAAGUCACGACAUGAGAUAGAAGCCACUAGCAAGCUCGUGGAACGGUUACAGACAGAGCUGAAGGAUGCGCAUGCCAAGGAACGGGAACUGGGGAGGAAAGCCCGCGCGGCUGAGGAGGAGCGCAAACUUUCCGACCUUGUCGUGCAAGAAUACGCGGACCUUGUGCGUAAUUUGGAGGGCCGUCCAAGGCCAUCCACCCCUUCCGCAUCCACCUUCUCCCUGGACAGUGCGAACAAUAAUUCGAGCGCCACGCUUGUCGACAGUCUGUCCGAAGGCAAGUCGGGUUUACAGAAGCUCCUCGAAGAGUUCAAUAGCGAAACAGAACGGCUAGAAACGGAGAUCAUAAACCUGCAAGGACAGAUCAACCAACUUCAGGUACAGCUUACAGCGGAAAGCAGGCGGGCCGAAGACGACAGGGUCGAGACUGCGCAGGCUCAAUUUGAACUCGAGAAACAUAAGAUUGACGAUAACACUGCAGCGAAGAUGGUCUCGCGGUACAUGAAGUUCUCGCAAUCGUCCACUGACUCUCUCCAGAAGGCGAUGGAAGGCAUGAAAGCGCGCCAUACCGCCACCGCAGCUACACUUCGCACCGAGGUCGAGCACUUGCAGAAGGCGCUCCUUAUCGAGCGCCGCCAGUCUGAGAAGCUACGGCAUGCGCUGGACGAACUCACGGAGGACAUCUCGCGUGAGGCAUAUGGCCGCCGGCGGGAAAUUGCGCUGCGCCUCGCAUUUCUGGGGCGUGAGGAGCAUCUCGCAGAGGGACUACGGCGCUGGAUCAGGCGGGCACGCGAGGCGUUUGAGCGUGCCUUGCAUGCAACAUUGAACAAUCAGCAAGAGGAAGCGUCCGCCUCCGUCAUCGGCGGGGUCUUUAAGGCCAUUAUUCGGGACGCAGAUGACUUGCUAGACUCCUUGAAUGGCCAACCGUCAGCAGAAGGUGAUCCUCUCGGUUCCGUCGCGAGGAUUGUAGUGGCUCAGAACGCUGCGUCCACGCUUGCGCGUGAGCUCCAGGCGGAGACAGACCGAAGACUGGCGUUGGAGAGGCAAUGGGCGCAGUAUCAUAGUACUACGCCUGUAGUACAUGUCAAAGCGUCAGCCAAGGCACCUGUCAUCGAAGUGUUCCCAUCUUCCACACCGGAUGUUUUCUCGCCUGUCACAACUUCUCCUCUGGACGAGCUGAAGAUCUCGCCCCUCACAUCGCAAUUGUUGAAUGGCGAAUCGACAGGUAGCCCCUCGUCACGGAAACUAUCAUUGCUGCCCGAACUCCUCCAAGUGCAGCAUAGAUAUGAUAGUCUACAGCGUGGCUUCCGAGACUGCAACCUAUCUUUGAAGGACAUGAAGAAGGACCUCUCUGGAUUCCCUCAUGGUUCUGAGAUGGUACUCGUCCUCCAGAAGGCGGUCGAGCGGCUCGACGACUACAACGAGGACGUACGUGUGGAGCUGGAGAUCCGAGUCACGGAUGAAGCACGAAUCACAUCCGGCUACGAAGCUUUGCUAACGAUACCAGGCGCCAUGUCCGACGAGGUCGAUCAGGAGGAGAUGGAAGUCGAGAUACAGGCGUUCGUCGACGGCACGGACAAGGCCGUGGCGAAAGCGAUGCAGCUCUUCUCGCGCAAGCUGGACGAUCUCGAACAUGACAUCGCUGCCGUCAAGCGGUCGUUGCACGAGCUGGCCUCUACAGAAGAGCCACAUCUUGCAACAACUCCCGCCAAUCCGCCGCGAUCUACCAGCCCAGCGCCGACCUUCGGAUCUGUCAUGACCUCUCCUCGACUCCGCCAGACGUCGUUCUCCCAUCCCCGUAAAGCGUCGGACGACUCCGCGAGUGGGAGCCCAGAUCCAUUCGCAAGUCUAGGGCUCCGCAUACCAAUGCCUGCGCACGUUGUGCCAGCGUCGCCUCCGCAACCAGUGAACGCACGACAGCGCGUUGCCUCUGCCACUUACAUGCUUGGUCUCGGCGCGCGGAGCACGUUUGGCUUCCCGUCGAAGCCUUCUGCGAGGUCCCUGACAAGCGCCGUAGAGGACGCUAAAAGCGGUGAGGGAGACCCCGACUCUGAUGUAGAAUGA